UCACCUCCAAAGUAGCUUCCCCUCUUUGUGAAGGGUUACUCUUGCAUGGCCCCAUCUCUUAUCUUCCUCUUUCUUUGCUUCUUAUAUUAGGAGCUGAAACAACCUUUUCAACACCAACUCAAUAUAGAGAGAGGGUAAGUUGGUUUUUGGUGCUCGUGCAAGAUCCUACUUGGGGUGCACACACACAGACCUAGAUAUAGAAGAAACUCAAACUCCCUCUCUAGUUAUAGCUAGAUAUAAUAAUUAAGGAAGAAAGUGCUAUUUAUACCACCAUUAACAUAUUAGCAAUCCCAAAGUGAGAACACAAGUGGCAAAAUUCAAUGGAGGCUAAGACUAAGAUCUUGUAUGAAGCGCUUCCAUUCAUAGUGAUGGUGAUUAUGGAAGGUUGGACCAUAGGGCUGACUAUUUUUGCAAAAACUGCAAUAAGUAAUGGAAUGAGUCCAUUUGUGUUCAUUGUUUAUACCAAUGCUCUUGCCACUAUAAUACUGUUCCCUUGUUCCUUUUUAUCACAGCAAGAGGACAGAAAGGAGAGGCCACCUUUCACUUUCUCUUUGUUCAUGCUCUUCUUGUUCCUCGGUUUUACAGGGAUAACAAUGACUCAGAGCUUUUUAUUCCUGGGUCUAAGUUAUAGUUCACCAAUACUUGUGUGUGCCAUGGGCCACUUGAUCGCAACCUUUAACUUUCUGCUCUCUCUCAUUCUCAGGAAGACAGAGUUGAAUUUGAGAAGGCCUGGUGUCCAAGUCCAAGUGAUUGGUAUCUUUGUAUCAAUAAUGGGAGCAGUCGUAGCUGAAUUCUUCAAAGGACCCCUUGUAAGACCAUCUUCUCACCAUCUUAGACACACUAAACAACUUCUUGUCUUCUCUUCAACACCAGAGUUUUGGCUUCUUGGUGGUGUUUUGCUUGUUGCAGCUUCCUUCUCAGUUUCAAUUUCCAACUUAGUCCAGAAAGAAAGUUUCAAGCAAUAUCCAGAACCAGUGAAGGUGCUUUCUUAUUCUAGCUUAGUUGGGACAAUCCUCAGUGCAAUAGUCUCAUGCAUAGUGGAGAGAGACAUAAAUGCUUGGAAGCUAAGGCGUAGCAAGGAUCUCAUUCUCAUUGUUUUAACUGCAGUAGUUGGGGGUGUGAUUCGUCCCAAUAUUCAAAUAUGGUUCACUCGCAUGAAGGGUCCACUUUACGUCUCACUUUUCAAGCCCUUUGGUAUUGCCUUUGCCACUACUUUUGCAGUUUCCUUCUUUUCUAACAGCCUUCAUUAUGGAAGUGUAAUAGGAGCAACUGUACUUGGAGUGGGGUAUUAUAUAAUAAUGCAUGGAGAAAUCAAAGGAAACGAAGAAAAGACAGGCUGUGACGAAAGCUCAUCAGAUUCUUUGGACAAGAAGAUACCUCUUUUGCAAGAACAUAUGCAAGUGUGAAUAAAACUAGGAAAUGUUAUAGGCAGAGGAAUUCACCUAUUUUCAGAAUCUUCCUCCGUAUCAUAUCGUUUCAAACUGAUUGUGAUAGAAGUAUCUCCCAUGUUGCAAAUAUUUCAAUUGUAAUUAACUCCAACUGUAUAAAUCAUGAAAUGUGUAAGUAGCAUAUGCACAAGAAAAAGGUGAUGUGGAAUUUGAGACCUUUAUAUAUUUUCCUUCUACAAAAAAUUCUUUCUGUAUUUGUAAAUAAUGUAUCUUGUAAUAUGUGAUCCACAAUUUAUUGUGGAGUGAUUCAAAUGGUUAUGUAAGAAAAAAACCCAUUGAAUCGAAGGUGAAACCUCACCAUUUCUUUUU